AUGGAUGCUAGAACAGAAAAGGCGGGGAGCGAGACUUCUGCUAUCGAUGGCCGAACGAAUCUGGAAUCUGUUGCGUCGGCACAGCUGUCACAGCGCGAUCCAACCAUUAAGCUCAUCGAUUUGGGUAUAUCGUCCCUUACAGACGAUACUAUCGACCUGCUACUGUCAGUUGAACGACUAUCCUUGCAGAGAAACCAACUGACGGAGCUGCCCGAGAGCUUCAGUAAACUACGGGAGCUCAGAUAUCUUGAUCUGCAUAACAACAAGCUGCGAGAAUUUCCUGCAGUUCUUUUGCAGUGUCAGCGACUCCAGAUCCUGGACCUUUCCUCGAACUCUAUUACGCACUUGCCACAUGCAUUUCCACAGACCUGGUGCGACAAUCUUCAGGUUCUUUCCCUCAAAAACAACAAUGUAACGACAAUUCGAGAGCUUUACCCUGCUGUAAUGUCACUUCGAAACCUGAAAAUAUUGGAAAUAGAGGGCAAUCCCAUUUCACAAGAGGAGCUAGAUCAGGUGAGAGCAGAAGUGCCGUUAUCGUCGCUUUUAGAUACUAUAUCUCACGAAGAGUAUUGGUGUGUCGCACUGCGAAAACAUUUCGAAGACGCCAAGAUUAGCAAAGCCGCCAAACGCCGUGGUUUCAUCAAUGUAUCGGAGGAGCAAAAUCGUCAGGAAGAAAUUCACAGCAAUAACAAGUAUAACGACUAUUUCAAGCGUUUGUCCGUUCUCCCGGAGGAAACGACAUCUCAGCGCGUCUCGCAUGAUGAGCUAUUAGUGGCUUGCCGAAAGCUCCUUUUCUGCUUUACAGAGUGUCAACAAAGCAUACGAAAGAUAACUUCUUUUUGUGAAGAUAAGGCUGUCGCCGUCAACGCCAUUUCUUUACUUUACAGUGUAAGAUCCCAUAUCGACAACUUGGUGGAAGUUCUUGAGCAGAGUGAGAACCCCACUUCCACCAAAAACGGGGCAAUGAUUCAGCUUUGUCUCACAAUAAUCACGACUUUCAAGCAGGUUUUUGUCUUGCUUCGCAAACACUUCAGAGCAUUUUUUCAAGGAAACGAUAUAUGUUUCGCAAGAAUGUUCUACAUGAACUUACUAUGCUCUUACACCGAAAUGUUCAAUGCCUGGACUUUGAUCACCCCGCAUACCAAUCUGGCUAAUGUUAAGCGAAGGGUCACCAGAACGCACUCUUUGAGUAUUUCACAUGGUUACAAACAUAUACCACGCGCUAGGAGCAACACCUUGCAAAGAUCGGUAACAUCGAAUACUCCUUUGCCAGCAACGUCGCCUUUACCACAACCUGCUGGUCACAGGUCUGUCAACAUGUCGAUCAUGACAACUCCACCUCCCGCACAAGGUGGUGUUGCAGCUGAGUCAAGGCCGAAUAAUGAAGGGUCUCCGAGAAUGAAGGGGGAGUCCUCACAACAUUCACCUCAUGCUGCUAGGAGAGCCGCUGAUGUACAAACCUUGAGCGGAACGCCUAUUAUUUCAGGAACUGCUCCUUCGAAGCCUUCGCUAGACGAAACUCCUGACAGCGAUGUCGAUUCACAGCUAUAUCAUACACUGGAAUCAGUAAUCACAAUGGUGAACGUUGUUUACGCUCAACUAACGUCCGCGAUUACGAAGAGUGCAAUUGCCAGCACGAAAAGCGCCGAAUCUUCGAGCAUUACUAGCAGCAUCGCAGCCAAAAUUAAGGAUCUUACUGAUACGUGUUAUCAGUCGAAGGAGCUCUCGAAAAUGUUGAAAGAACGGUUGACGCUUAUUCAUAAAAGCGAGUCGGAUAACUUCUCUGGCGCAGUUGAGAAGGUUAAAACUUGGGAACAUAUCAACGCAUUUUUGAAGUCCAUCAUCUCCAUUUUGGCCAAUACGAAGAUAAUAAUGAAAGACCUACCAAUCCUGAAUGAGGUGAGGCCGAAUUUGGCGUCUCUUGCAAAGAUUACGAAGGACGUGACUGUCAUAUUAGACUUGAGCUCUUAUAGGAGUGUUUCACAAGCAGCACAGCAACAACAACAACAACAACAACAACAACAACAACCUGCUGAGUCUUCUCUAGCUAAACAACAGCAUACUCACUCACAAAUUCCACCAGCUGCAGAGGAAUCCCAAAAUCCUCCGCUGGUAACCCCGCUGUCCACCCCCUCGCUGGUCACUGUGCAUGCGUCAAAUCCUUUUGAUCAAUUCUAA